GUUGGUGCUGGUUUACGAAUCUAAUAACUGGAGGCAUCCCUGUAUGGUAAACGCAUAGACGAUGCCCAAACAUUGCCUUCUGCCAUGUCGAUUUCUCCAGACGAUGCCGCCGAUUCGUCAACAGCGAACGAGUCCGCUGGUGGACCAGAGCUCAUCACGCCCCAAAACACGAAAAUACACGCGAAGCCUAUCCCACAUAUGGUCACGGAACAGCUCAGCCCGUUACCACGCUCGACAGCCCUACCAGACCUUGCCGACUUCAACCUGCGACCAAUGCAAUACAGAAACCCGGUCUUUUCUGCGAUCUGCAAGGUCCUUAUUUUAUACGGGAAUGCAUGGCAAAGCGCAUCCGACCUCGUAGAUGGCAUUCGGCAUUUUAAUCUCGCCAAUCUUGGUGGUAUGACACCCAGGGGAACAAUUCAGGGCGCCAUCUCUACUGGAUUAGCCCUAUCAGCCGCACUAGGGUUGUUCGAUCCGAUUGAAAAGCAGCGCGUUAAUAACACAACAUACUAUCGAAUGGACAUUCGGGUGCUAGUGCCGCCUGACUCAGCUGGUGUGGCUUCUAACGGAGCUGAUCAAGUGGGACAGGCUUUGACGUCAACGGAAAAAGGGAAGGAGAAGGCUGCUGAGUACUCUACAACGAAAAAGCGGAAAGCCUCCACACUACAUAGCUCUGACUCUGAUAGCCUGGAGGAGGAUGGUUCACAGGAACCAUCAGACGGCCAAUCAGGGUCGCCAUCAUCCUCAAAACACGAGCGAACAAAUCUGCCUGUACCAGAAACAUCUUCCAAGCAGGGGAUGCAUGAUAAUUCCAAGGACAUGCCCGAAAAUUCUGCUCCGGAUGUGAAAACCAGUCGGUCCAAUCCCGUGGAUUCGUCCGCCGUUUCUACAGAAGUAGAGGAGUCUACGAAGUCACUAGAAAAUAUAAAGGACUCAGAGGACGACUAUCCUGACGAGAGAGCAAAGUUCGGCGUGAAUUUAACACAGGAGCCUUCCAUGUUUGCGGUAAAGCAGAAGACGGGAUACACACACUCCCGAUUUAGGAACAGUGAACGUCUGAGGGUGCCAAAGCCAGACUGCGAGGAUGGAUUCGCUGUGGCGGAUUUACAGUACGAAGGCGGGUUCCUCGGGAGGAUCUUCUGCAUCACCGAUGGUCAUGGCGGUCGAGCGUGUUCCUCAUACGUGAUCGCGACGUUCCCCAGGAUAAUGCAGGUGAUAUUGGGAAAAUACAGUCCUGAGGAUCUGUCGGUGCCCAGUGCUCAGGAAUCUAUCAAGAGUCAGCUCACGGAGGCAAUUCAUUUGAUCGAUCGGGAAUAUCUCGACUACAAAAAGAGACAAUACCUAGACUAUAAGGUCAAGAAAAUCCAACAUGACCCAGGAAACGAUGGAGCGACGCUGGUUGCCAACGUCAUCAUCGACAAGUGGAUCAUUUCUGUGAACGUUGGCGACAGUCGCACUCUUCUCAGCACACGCGAUUCUAAUGGGCGAUGGAAUCUCGACUUUUACACCGAGGAUCAUAUUCCGUCUCUGGAGCGGUUUGCGCCCAAUAUUCAUGCCAACGGAGGAGAGUUUGUAGCGCGCAACGACACAGUUAUCAGGUUUGACACAAAGAUCAAGAAUGACAAGAAGCAGCGCGAGGACCUGAAGGGUGCCAAGGUCCGAAUUAGGGAAGGCGCCCUUGCAUCGAGCCUAUAUGGCAUCCCAUACCGAAAUCAUGCCGGACGAUGUGUCUCGAUCAAUCUAGCAGCCAGCAUCGGUGACCUGCUUUAUAAACUGGACCCUGACAGCCCAGUACUGACCAACCGCCCCGACAUCAAAUUUAUCGACACUACGGCCAUUGAACACGGCUAUCUUUUUAUGGCGUCAAGAGGACUAUGGGAUAAUGUUCUACAGGACAAAGCAGUAGAAGAUCAGAAUGUGGCGGUUUGCGAGUACGUAGGCGACAAGCUGGAUCGUGGAUGGGGCCAUCAGCGAAUUGUGGGCAGGCUGUCGGAUCGCGAAGGCAAAACUGAGCUAUACACGGACCCGGUCGACAGAUACGGCGAUUUCACGGCCAUCCUCGUGUCACUCAACAAGCAACAUGGACAGCAAGAUAGACCAGGAUCAAGCACGACAGAGCAGGAGCAGGACAUCUCGGAACCUUUAGAGAAAUUGCAGAUUCAAGGCGAACAGCAGAGCGAGCGUAGCCUAGAGCAAGACUCACUUCCAACUGUACAAUAAAUGGCACUAU